CCACUCCACUCCCCCGGCUCACACGCGCGCCCGCCAUUGCUGCCCCCCUUCGCUUUCUAGCAAGCUCCCCUGUCCCCCUCCACCGCUAGCUAGCUCGCCUAUAUCAUUAUUGCCUCGCACCGCACGCUGCUCUACCCUGCUCUGCUUUGCUCGGCUGCGCUCGAAAGAUGGAGAGGUGGGCGCCGGCGCCGGCGCCGGCGAGGGAGAGGCCCAGGCGGCGGGCCGGCCAGCCGUCCUUCUCGUCCACGCUGCUCGACGCCAUCUGCGACUCCUUGGACGAGCAGCCCGGCGGUGGCGGGGCAGGAACGACGGCGGCCGCGGCGAGAUCGGCUGGGAGCGCCAAGAAGCAGCAGGAGGCGGCCAUGCAUUACUACUACUACAAGCCGUCCUUGGCCGCCAGCCACCGGGCGGCGCCGCCGCCCGCGGACGACUGCUCCGGCCGCGGCUACUUCUCGUCGUCCGAGGUCGAGUACUCCCUCCGCCGCCUCCGUCCCAUCCGUACCUCUGGCGGCGUCGGGGCGGCCUCUGUGGCUCCCGCGGAGAAGCAGCACCAGCAGCAGCCCCCGGCGACGGACAAGGCGAAGGGCGCGAGGAAGCCGGCCGCCGCCUCGGCCCGCGGCGGCUGCCGCAGGCCGGCCUCCCCCGGCGCGCGGCUUGCCAGCUUGAUCAACGCCAUCUUCUCCGGCAAGCGGCAUUCCGCGCGGCAGCACCCGGCUCCGGCGGACGAGGAGCCGGCCUGCUCCACGGCGCCGUCGACCGCGCGCCCCUGCCUCAACAAGACGCCGCCGUCGGCGAGGGCGGCGCGGGCGCGCGCGAGCCGGAGCCGGAUCAGGACCGUGCGGUUCUUGGACAUCGACGGCGAGGUCGCCGUUGCUGCGGCCGCCUCGGGUUGCAGGCGAGUCCCGGUGGUGGAAGUGGAGGACAGCGACGGCGGCGAGGAGAGCAGCGACGCCAGCUCCGACUUGUUCGAGCUCGACAACCUCGCGGCCAUUGCUCCGGCGACCGGUGGCGGCCAUUGCCGUAGAGCGUGCGCUGACGAGUUGCCGGUGUACGGGACAACUGGGGCUGGGCUUCGCCACGACAUUGGCCGCCGCCUUCCGUUCGGGUAUAGCAGCCAUGGUCGGAGUUGUAGCAGGGUUAUUUGAUUAAGAAUACAUAGAGGGUGUUAACUGUAAAGUAAUUUAAUAUAAUGGGUACUUCCUCUUCUUUUUCAAGAA